AUGUUCUUCCUCCCACGACUUUUUCUUCAUUCUCUCUUGGUGGUUUGCUUUGCAAAUUUUGCUUUUGGAGUUACUCGAUUGCCACGAGAUGAAGUACAAACUUUAGCUGACAUAGCAAAGACACUGGGGAAGACGAACUGGGAUUUCAGUGGAGAUCCAGAUCCUUGCGACAAUCAAAAACCAUGGACUGAUACCAAUCCGGUUGAAGGAUUUGAGUAUGGCGUCACCUGUAAUUGUUCCUUUGCCAAUUCCACUGUCUGCCAUAUUACCAGCAUAGUUCUGAAAGCUCAGGAUUUGCCAGGAACACUCCCAAAAGAGAUGGCCAGGCUCACUUAUCUCAAAGAAAUCGACCUCACCCGCAACUACCUGAGUGGUACCAUCCCUCCAGAAUGGGGCUCCCUUCCACUUGUCAACAUUUCCCUUGUUGCAAACCGUUUGACCGGUUCUAUCCCCAAAGAGAUUGGAAACAUCACAACCCUGAAGAGUUUGGACAUCAGUAUGAAUAAUUUCUCUGGAGUGCUCCCUUGGCAGCUUGGGAAUUUGCUCCUCAUAGAAAGAAUGCUUCUUACCUCAAAUAAUUUUACUGGGGAGUUGCCAGAUACAUUUGGAAAUCUUACCACACUAAAAGACUUCCGGGUGGGUGACAGUCACUUUUCUGGGCAGAUACCUGAUUUUAUAAAGAACUGGACAAAUCUUCAGAAACUACUGAUUCAGGCUAGUGGUUUGACGGGCCCAAUUCCUUCUGGCAUUUCUCAUUUGACAAAUUUAACUGACUUGAGAAUUACUGACUUGAGUGGGCCUGAAGCACCCUUUCCUCCACUUGAGAAUAUGAAAAGCAUGAAGACACUGAUGCUGAGGAGUUGCAAUAUUAUCGGACAGCUACCUCCAUAUCUUGGGGACAUGAAAAGUUUGAAAACUUUAGACCUCAGCUUUAACAAGCUAAUCGGGAAAAUUCCAAUCAGCUUUGUUGCUCUAGCAGAAGCGGAUUAUAUGUAA